AGUGUGCACUUGGCUGCGAUGGCGUUGAGUCUGCGUCGUUGAGUCCGCUCGUUCGAUAAAACGCUAAAUAUUAUAUAUAUAUUUUUUUAUUUGACUCUUUAUAAUUAUUACGCGAAAGUGGUUCAAUCCGCAAAGUAUUAAUUUCUUAAACAAUUAAGUGUUUUCUUCUUCAUCUCUCAGGGAUUACAUUAAAUAUAGAAUUUUUAAGUCAAAAGUGGUUUUGUACUCGAAACAAAAUUAUCGAUUGUGUUCAUUUUUGGGGAUCCUAAUAAAUCAGUGAAGAUGCAAAAUUUAAUGCCAGAAUUGUUUUCGCCGCAACAAACGUCGAGGGAUGUUAAAAAAGUGGACCUGAUUUCGAAAUCUUAUGUGACAAACAUCGGGGAUAUUUUUUUUAAACAUCGGGGGCCUAAAACACCCCCAAAGGAUGUCGAGUGUUUGAUCCAUCGCGUAAUAUCGGAUAGAGAUGUGCCGAAAUUAGCUUGUGACUAUUUGGUGGAGGACAGUGUUAGCUCUUCUUAUACGAUAAUAGGGAAUAAGUAUGUGCUUCUGGACACUGUGGAGGGAAGCUCAAUGUACAAGUGCGUCGAUAUUCGGACGAAGGAGGAGUACGUUUGUAAGGUUGUUCCUCAUACGAAUUAUUCAAUGGUAGGUGCUCACUACCGUUUAGAUUCAAACUCCCGAAUAGCAUCUCUUCACGAAGUUAUAGUUCAAGAUAAACACCUGUACCUAUUUUUUCCACGAACAUACGGCGAUUUACACUCGUAUGUUCGCUCGAGGAAAAGACUACGCGAAUCGGAAGCAAAAAGACUGUUUAAGCAAAUCGUGGAAACCGUGCAAGUAUGCCACGAAAACGGAAUAGUGUUGCGCGACUUAAAGCUUAGGAAAUUUGUAUUCACGGAUCCCGAGAGGACACAAUUACGAUUAGAAUCUUUAGAAGAUGCCGUCGUUUUAGAAGACAACAGUGAUCUCUUACACGAUAAAAGAGGAUGUCCGGCGUACGUUAGCCCUGAAAUAUUAAAAGUAGGAGCGAAUUAUUCAGGAAAAGCGGCGGAUAUGUGGAGUUUAGGAGUUAUAAUGUACACCAUGUUAGUCGGAAGAUAUCCUUUUAAUGAUCCAGAUCAUACGGUUCUCUUUGCGAAAAUUACGAAAGGUCAUUUUGUAAUACCUGAUUGCAUAUCAUCGCGGGCGAGAUGCCUAAUAAGGUCGUUAUUAAGAAAAGAACCGUCUGAGCGUUUAGUUUCUGAAGAUAUUUUAUUCCAUCCGUGGUUAGCGAAAGAAGAUAGGGAUUGGCAGGCGAGAGCUUGCGAUCAAUUAGUGCCAGAGUCCUGUUUUUACGACGGUGAAGAUCAGGAUUAAAAAGAAUUUUUAAAAAAAGGCGUCGUCAAUGAAGAAGAAGAUGAACGAUGAGCGAAUUGUGAUCCUUAGUUAUUUGUUUUGUUUUUACGUUAAACGUUGUUGAAACUCCAGAGCUGUGCUGUUUUUUUUGUUUUAUUUUUUUUGUAAAUUUAAAACUUCGAUCUUCCACUUAAUAGCAAUCGAUUGAUUUCUUUUAAUUAAUAUCUUUUUAAUUUUUAUUAAUAUUGGUUUGUAAAAUUUAAAUUUCACGCGAAAGGAAUUUUUUUUAAUUUUUUUGCGGCUUUAAGUACAAAUUAAUUGAUCUUUUUAUUUUGGAUGUUUUUUUAUUAGAGUAAAUUAUAAUUUUUUUAAACUUUUUUCUUCAAAAUUUGGCAUCACGAUUGUUUUAUUAAAAUAUAUAAAUCUAGGUAUUUAUUACUUUUUUUUGCGUUAAAGAAAAGAAACUUAUUGAAGACUGAUUAUAAAACUCCCAACUAUCUAAAUGAUUAAUUUUAUUGCACUCAAACGAUAUCUUUUCCUCUUUUAAUUUAAUUUUUGUUUGUUUUUAAUUCCGGAUUGGAUAUCGUUUUUGAACAAUAUACAAAGGAAACGAAAGCAUCUUAAUCAUAAUAAUAACUUACGUUUUAAUAAUAAUAAUGAAGAAAUAAUAUAUUACUGUUGAUGUUUAUUAAUUUAUUAUUAUACGCUAAAUUAUAAUGACCAAAAGAUGAAAAAGAUGCAUAACUAAACUAUUAUUAUAAUUAAAUGGGACGUGUAAAAUAAUUUGUAAUAUUAAGUAGAAUCGUAGAUAAGAAUUGUAGUCGUGAUGCUAAUUGGGAAAAAUAAAACUGGAGAAAAUACAAUUAUUAAAGGAACUAGUGAGAUAGUGAUCUCUUAAAAAAAAUUGUGUUAGAACGAAAUCUAUUUUGUAUACUAGGUACCAAAAAAAAUGAAAAUAUGUUCCCAUUUACGUCGUUCGAUGUUAUUUAUACGAGAAAUAAGUUAAAAUACGCAAUUCUCCGAUUUAAAUUGUAUAUAUGUAUCUUUAUAAUCGAUGUUUUCAAUUAUUAUUAUUAUUAUUGUAAAUGUUGUACAAAGUUAUCUAGAUAUUGUAAAGCCGGUUCCAGUCAGAGUAAAAAAAAUAAUAAUAAGUGAAAAAAAUACGAUUUAUGCGAAUUUCAAAGUCACUACGUUGUUGGUUUGUGAUCAUUGAAGAAAAGAAUAAAAGCGGUUUUCUUUCUGUAUUAAAAA